GCCCGGGGGAGGUACCCUGUCCCAGGAGACAGAACCCGUGGGUACCAGCAAUUACCCUUGCCAAGAACUGACAAUGAAGAUCUACCUGGCUUUGCUUUUUACAGGAAGUUUCCUUUCUUACACCAGCGCCCAGAAUGCUGCAGAUGAGGUCCCUACAGAGGUAGAAGAAGAAGAUCCCUUCUACAAGAGUCCAAUCAACAGGCUUGCCUCUUCUGCAUCUAACUUUGGAUAUGACCUAUAUCGUAUGCAAGCAAACAAAAAUCCCAACAGCAAUAUCAUUAUUUCACCACUGAGCAUUGCUACAUCUCUGUCAAGUCUUUCCUUGGGGGGUGGACAAAGAACUGAAUCAUUAAUCCAGCGUUCUCUAUACUAUGACCUUCUCAAUGAUCCUGAAGUCCAUGCUACAUAUAAAGACUUGCUUGCAAGUUUUACUUCUCAAGCGAGUGGAUUGAAAAGCACAUGGCGAAUCAUGCUGGAGAGAAGGCUCAGGCUACGGAUGGAUUUUGUGACUCAGGUAGAGAAGUUCUAUGGAAACAAGCCAAAGGUUUUGACAGGAAGCACUCGCCUGGACCUGCAGGAAGCCAACGACUUUAUACAGAAGCAGACACAAGGGAAAGUGGUGAAGUUCUUCAAAGAGAUUCCAACUAGUGUGAGCAUUCUGCUGCUCGGAACUACUUACUUAAAAGGCCAGUGGGCGUACAAAUUUAAUCCUCGGGAAACUGUCCAGCGUGAAUUCCACCUCGAUGAACAGACAUCUGUCACUGUUCCAAUGAUGUCAUCUAAAAACAUCCCCGUGAGAUACGGCUUAGACUCUGAUUUUAACUGCAAGAUUGUUCAGCUUCCUCUCACUGGUGGGGUUAGCAUCAUGUUUUUCCUGCCAAACACAGUCACCCAGAACUUGACUAUGAUUGAAGAGGGCCUGACAUCUGAGUUUGUCCAUGACAUAGACCAGGCACUGCAGCCUAUCAACUUGGUCCUAAGCGUCCCUAAACUGAAGCUGAACUAUGAAGCUGAGCUUAAGGAAGCACUGCAGGAAUCAAAGCUCCAAUCCCUUUUCGCCACUCCUGACUUCAGCAAAAUCUCCUCAAAGCCAUUAAAGCUCUCCUAUGUCGUACAUAAAGCCACCUUGGAAUUGAACGAGGAAGGAGCAGAGACAGCGCCAAAACCAGAGGACAGCCACCGCAAUUACUUUCCUUUGGAGUAUCACUUAGAUCAUCCUUUCUUGUUUGUUCUCCGUGCCAAUGACAACGGCGCUCUCCUCUUCAUUGGGAAAGUUAUGGACCCUAAGGGAUUCUCCUUCUAAUAAAUCAGUGCUGUGCUAUCUCCCUUUAAUGUUCUGAAUGACGGAGAAGUGCAAUAAAUUGCUUUGCAAAAUAUCUCAAGUCCCUUUGGCAGAGAGCAACUGUAGCUACUGUACUGUAGCCGACUCCAAUGCCACAGUUGCCUGUGUUCAAUCCCACUGUGUUAUUAAAUCAUUUUCCAGAA